AUGUUAAUUUAUUUUUUCUCUUUGCUCAGUAUUAUUCAUUGCCAAUGUAUUGAGAAUACAUAUUUGUAAAUUCCUAAUUCAGUAGAGAAAUAAUAAUCUGAAACUGAUAUUAUUAUAAGAUUGGAAGGAGAAUACAUAAUUGGAUACGGAGAGGAUUUCAAAAUAAAUGAUAAAUCAAAAAUACAAAUUCUUUAAUCUUCAUUGACAUUCGGACCAUAAAAUUUUGAAAUCUAUUGCCCAGCUGUCCAUAUUAUUCCUGACGAAGAAGAGGCAAAAUGUGAAAUCACAGUAAACAUGUAUCAAAUGAAUACAACGGAAGAUGAUAACUUAGCCUUUACAUAACUUGUUAUCCCUGUUGAAACAAAUAAUAAUAUUAGAGAAAAUCCUACUCUUCAAUUCUAAAAUAAUUUUUAACUUAGAUUAGUAGAUUUAGCAGAAUAAUUGAAGGAAGUUGAAUAUUUUGUAUAGUAUGAGAAUUGUGGUAGAAAGAUAUUCAUUUUAUCUGAUUCUUUGCCGAUAACAGCCGAACAAAUAGUAAUUUUACAAAAUUAUUCAAAAUAAUUGGCCUCCACAGCUCGAACUGAACCAAUAACUCAAUUGAUAAAAGGCACGAUAAAGGUUGAAAAUUAUACUGUUGACAAAAGAUCAACAAUACAUCUUUUUGCAUUAUGCACUAUUAUAUUCGGGGUUAUUCUGUUAUCAUGUAUAAGAGCCUUCAAGAAAAGAGUUGAGGUCUCACCUUAGAAUGAUGAAUUAUUGAAUUAAUAAGAGUUGAAGGUUCUAAAUUGA